AUGGAAGACUUUUUCGGCCGGUUCAAGGUUGCGCAGCAGGAGAUUGUCGGGGAGCAGGCGCAUGUGAAGUUGCAGAUGCUCUUCACUCGUCGCGAGGGUUUCCGGCGUGGAGCGGGAACGAUGCACUUGGCGUGGGGCCUCGAGCAGGCUGACAAGCUGGGCAUACCUGCCUAUCUGGAGGCCAGCAGAAUGGGCCGACCUCUGUACGAGCGGAUGGGCUUUCAAGCCGUCCGCGACCUUCCUCUAGACAGGGAGAGGUGGAAUCUAACACCGGAAGACACGAUAACGUGUAUGUUGCGGCCGGCUCAGACCAAUCCUGGGACUGCUGUGUAG